AUUGUUUUUCUUUGUGCGCUGUGUUUAUUGAUUGAAUUUGAAUUUAUUAUAUUAGUAGAACUAAUUAUUUGAGUCGGCAACUUAAGUGAUAAUACGAAGUGCACGAUGUGGGAGGACGACGCCGUGGGGCUAGGCGUGGGGCUGGGCGUGGGGCUGGACGCAGACACGGACGAAGAGCUGGACAGCCUCGACGUGUCCGGCAUCGGCGUCAAGGUGCUGGGCGACGCCGCAUACUAUGACGCGGUGUUCGACGACCUGAUGCACGAGUGCAAGAACAACGCGCCUGGCGCGCGCCUGUCCGCCCGCCUGCGCAAGACGCUGGAGAGGAUGCCGCCCGAACGACGGCGCGCCGUGGUGUCGCGGCGCCGCGACGGCUGCGCGCCGCUGUUCGAGGCCAGCCGGCGCGGCAACGAGGAGCUGGUGGAGUACCUGGUGCACGUGUGCGACGCGCCGCUGGAGCAGCGCGGCGCGUUCGAGGCGGCGCACGACCGCAGCGUGCACCGCGCCACGCCGCUGUGGGGCGCGGCCGUGGCGGGCCGCGUGCGCGCCGUGUGCGCGCUGGCCGACGCGGGCGCGCAGCUGGACGCGCGCAGCGACAGCGGCUCCACGCCCGCGCGCUCGGCCUGCUACCUGUCGCACGUGGCCGUGGUGCGCGAGCUGCUGGCGCGCGGCGCCGACGUGCACGCGCGCAACCACGCGGGCGGCACGUGCCUCAUCAACGCCGUGCAGAGCGCGCCGCUGUGCGCGCUGCUGCUGGCGCGCGGCGCGGCCGUGGACGCGCGCGACCUGACGCGGCGCACGGCGCUGCACUACGCGGCGCGCGAGCGGCGCCUCGACACCGUGCGCCUGCUGCUGCGCCACGGCGCGCGGCCCGCGCUGGCCUCGCGCGCCGGCGACGACGCGCUGCGCACGGCGGCGCUGCGCGGCGCGGCGCAGGUGCUGGCGCUGCUGCUGGCGCACGAGCCCGCCGCGCCGCCGCGCGCCGCCGACGCGCUGGAGCUGCUGGGCGCCACGCUGCUGGACGCGCGCGCCGACGCGCCCGCCGCGCGCCGCGCCUGGCGCCACGCCACCGACCUGCGCGCGCGCCACCGCGCCGCCAAGACGGGAAUGCCAUUGGUGCACCUGGCGGCGGCGCGCGCGCUGUCGGCGGCGGCGCUGGGCGGCGUGCGCGAGUGGGAGGGGCGCGCGGCGCUGGCGGCGCUGGAGGGCGACGCGGACGCCAUGCGCGCGCAGGCGCUGCUGGUGGCGGCGCGCGUGCUGGGCGAGCGCCACCGCGACACGGUGUUCCGCCUCAUGACCCGCGGCGCCGCCUGCGCCCACGCGGGCCGCUACCAGCAGUGCAUCGACCUGUGGAGCUGGGCGCUGCGCGUGCGCGUGCAGCGCGACUCGCUGCUCAGCGCCGACACGGGCCACGCGGCCAGCGCGCUCACCCGCCUGCUGCUGGACGCGGCGGCCGGCCGCCUGCCGCGCGCCGCCGGCCCGCCCGCCGCCGGCCUGCCGCGCCACGGCGACGUGCUGCGCGCCUUCCGCCUGCUGGCCUCGCGCCUGCCGGCGGCGCGCGCGGCGCUGGCGGCGCGGCCCGUGCACCGCGCGCAGGCCGAGGCCUUCGACCGCGCGCUGCGCUGCGUCACGCACCUGCUGCACCUGCUGCUGCGCACGGCGCCGCCCGGCCGCGCCGCGCGCGCCGCCCGCGCCGCCGCGCGCCUCGUGGCCGCCGACGUGCGCAGCGCGCGCACGGGCGACUCGCUGCUGCACCUGUGCGCCUCGCGCCUCAACGUGGUGCGCUCCGCCUACUUCGCGGCCGCGCCGCGCGCGCCGCCCGUGUUCCCGUGCGCGCGCGUGGCCCGCCUGCUGCUGCGCGCCGGCGCCAGCGCGCGCGCGCGCAACGACGCGCGCUCCACGCCGCUGCACGUGGCCGCCAUCCCCUACAACUUCUCCACCGAGCUGGUGGAGGUGCUGCUGGCAGGCGGCGCGCACCUGGACCAGCCCAAUCAGUUCGGCGACUCGGCCGCCGACCUGGUGCCGCUCAACCGCGGCUCGCGCGUGUGUCCGCUGCGGCACGUGACGCUGGCGUGCCUCGCCGCGCGCGCCGUGCUGGCCGCCAAGCUGCCCGUGGCGCCGGACUCGCUGCCGAGCACGCUGCUCUGCUUCCUGGAGCUGCACCGCGCCUGAGCAGCACCGCGCCUGAGCAGCACGGGUGCCGCGCGCACCGUGCUGGCCGCCAAGCUGCCCGCGUGCAAGUGGCAAUGGCAUCCAAUACUCAAAAGCAACGGCUCGGCUGCGGGCGCGCAACUGCUACCCGUGUUGCAACUAAAUUGUUAUCAGUCGCGUUUUUAUUUUAUAAUUCUUUUUUGGCAAAAGAAAACUAAUGUUUCAAGUGUCAAAAGAGACAUCCUAAAGUUGUAUUUUUUGCAUUUGUGUCACAUUGUACCUGCGCCUUUCAAUAGUUACUGAAAAUCCAUAAAUAGUUUUAAUUAUUUAAUAAGUAAUAUUCUUAGUUAAUUGUAUGACUACCUUGACGUCUCUCUAACAGAGCUGAGGCGAGGUCGCGUUAUAUAUUAAAAUAAAAUAACUUAGGCCUCGGCACAAUAUCAAACGUAUGUAAUAAGCAAUGUGUUGUUCAAGUACGUAUAGUACGUAUAAGUAUUAGGUAAAAAUGUAUAUCAAAUAUUUAAUGUUCCGUAGACCUAAAUAUAUAUACACCCUUAUAAAUGUGCAAAAAUGUAUCGAUAUUGGCUAUUUAGUUUAGUAAACUAUGUAAAAAGUAAUAAAGUAAGUAGUAAGCUUGCGGAUUCUGCACAAAAAUUAUUUAUUUCAUUUGUGCAGUCAAGUUGUAGGUAACUAAACUUCCAAUGUAACUUACAAAACAAUGGAAAAGUAGAUUUAUUUGUUGUUUUAGUAGUAAAGUUCGGCUGCAGUUUGUAGUUCAUGCUUAAAACUACUUUUCAACCAACUUCCAGGAGGAAGCAGGAAAAAUCUAAACUUUCCAACUGUCCAAGUUGAUUGAAUAGCAAGGUAGCUGGUACAACACUUUGAAUGUCUGUCAUAGUAG